AUGGCAAUUAUCACUCUCACACUUUUGGAUUCCCAUCUUCAAACUCCCAUGUAUUUUUUUCUCCGAAAUUUCUCUUUCUUAGAAGUCUCAUUCACCUCUGUCUGUAUUCCCAGAUUCCUGUACAGCCUGACAACUGGAGAUAAAACUUGUACCUAUCAUGCUUGUUUCACACAAUUGUUUUUUGGUAUCCUCUUUGGAGCAACUGAAUUUUUUCUCCUUGCUGCCAUGGCCUAUGAUCGCUACGUGGCCAUCUGUAAGCCCUUACAUUACACAACCAUCAUGAGCAACAAGUUCUGCACUACACUCCUUCUCUGCUGUUGGAUUGCUGGCCUGUUGAUUAUUGUCCCCCCUCUUGGCAUGGGUCUCCAGCUGGAAUUCUGUGACUCAAAUCUCAUUGAUAGUUUUGUUUGUGAUGCAUAUCCUAUCCUACAGAUCGCCUGUUCUGACACAGAGCAUAUAGAAAAGGUUGUUUUGGCUUUUGCUGUGCUAACACUGAUUACUACCCUACUGGGUGUGCUUCUCUCCUACACAUACAUCAUCAGCACCAUUCUAAAAUUCCCUUCUACCUAA